AGUUAUUGUAAUAUCGGAUUGUAGCAAAACUGAGCGGGACAUAGCUCGAAGAAGUUUUAAAGCUAAUUCUUUAUUAACUGUCUUAAUUCUUCAAGAUUCAUGGACAUCCGAAAAUUUUUCGCUCCAAGUUCCACAUCUAAAGAUGCAAAUAAAAAGGAACCAUCAAAGAAAACAGAAUCUGAUGUUUCAGAAGUGAAAAAGCCUAGAGGAAAACGGCAGAAUGACAGAUCACAAUCCAAGCAAAAGAGCCAAACUGUUGCUGUUGAAGAAGAUAUAAUCUUGAAAACAGAUAGUGAUUCAAGUAUGGUUAAAAACGCUCCAAAAAAAGGCAGAAGAAGAAAAUAUGGAAAAAAAGCUCAAUUAGGUUCUCCAUCUUCACCUGAAAAGCGUAAAGAGAAUGUACCCAUAACUAAUGUUAUGUCUAAUUCAGAGAGUGAAGAUGACUUGCCAAAAGUUAAAAAAGUCCGAAAAGGAUUUAUUAAUUCAGAUGACGAAACGGAUGCUCCUACGAAAAAGUCAAAGAAAAAAGAAAAGCCGGCACCGAAAAAGAUUGUAUCGUCUGAAGAGUUCUUUGGCGAAGAUAAAAUACAGAUAGCGGGAACGAAAGGAGUUAAAGAAAAACCGAAUAAGAAAAAAAAAGAAGAAAAAACAACAAUAGAGAAACGAAUCGAAAUUGAUCAGGAAUUACACGAUGACGAGGAUUUUAUGGAUACAUUAGAUAAACUUAAUAAGAUGGAAAAAGAGAAAGUUAAGAAACCCUCACCGGCAGUUGUUAAAACAGAAACCAAGACCAAUGCUAAGACUCCAUCGCCUAAAAAGGUUAUAAAAGUUGUCAAGUCUCCGACAAAAGCUAAAACAAAAACACCGAAGAAAGACGAUUCACCAUUAUCUAUUUCUAAAACACCAACGCCAGCGAAACGCCCUCUAACCGCGCCAAAAUCUAAAACUCCAACAGGAGAGUCAGCACCCAAUAUGGUGAAAACGCCAUCGUCCGCCAAAAGAAAUUUAGCCUAUGCAAAAUUCAAACAAAGAGAAGGACCUAGAGCUGUUGGUCAGAUUGAGAUACCAGAGGGUAGUGAAAAUUGUUUAGAGGGUUUAGUUUUCGUCGUUACGGGUGUUUUAGAAGGUUUAGAACGUGAUGAUGCAAAGCAUCUGGUAGAACGAUACGGCGGAAAAGUCACAACUAGUAUUAGUAAACGAACAAGUUAUUUGGUUAUGGGAAGAGAUCCCGGCGCUUCUAAGGAAGAAAAGGCUAGAAAACUAGGAACAAAAAUUAUUACCGAAGAGGAACUAUAUCAUUUAAUAAAAACUCUACCAGGUAAAAAGUCUAAAUACGAAAUAGCCGCUGAAAAAGAAAUUAAAGCCGAACAAGAUAGGGAUAGGAAGAGAAAUUUGACGGAAAAGGAAUCUACUGUACCAGCUAAGAAGAUGCGUCAAAUGGUUGAAAAGCCUGUUGUGAAAGUAGUAGAAAGGGAAAGAGCGGAGACUAGUCAUCAAACAGGUGCGAAUUAUCUUGAUCGAGGUCAAUUAUGGGUUGAUAAAUACAAACCAACCAAUAUGAAGCAGUUAAUUGGUCAGCAAGGUGAUAAGAGCUGUGCUAGAAAAUUAUUGAAUUGGUUAAGUAGUUGGCAUGCAAAUAGAGCGGCCGGUAGAAAGCCCAUUUUUGGUGGUGGUAAAUGGGCUGAUCAGGAUGGCGGCGGAUAUAGAGCUGCGUUACUCUCUGGUCCACCUGGAAUUGGUAAAACUACAAUGUCGGUUUUAGUCUGUAAAGAGUUAGGUUAUAGCUUUGUUGAAUUAAACGCCUCAGAUUCUAGAUCGAAGAAGAGCAUAACGGAACAGGUUUCAGAAUUAUUACACUGCUCUAGUUUAUCUCAAUGGGCAUCGGGAAAGGAUAAUAAAGUUGACAAGAAAGAGCAUGUUUUAUUGAUGGACGAAGUUGAUGGAAUGUCUGGAAAUGAGGACAGGGGAGGAAUGCAACAAUUAAUUCAAUUAAUUAAGACAACUAAAGUUCCUAUUAUAUGUAUGGCAAAUGAUCGAAAUCAUCCUAAACUAAGGACUUUGGCAAACUACUGCUUCGAUUUAAGAGUUCAACGUCCCAGAGUUGAACAAAUAAAAUCGGCAAUUAUGACAAUAGCUUAUAAAGAGGGCGUAAAAAUAGCGCCAAACGUCCUUCAGGAUAUUAUUGUUUCCACGAACCAGGAUAUUCGCCAGGUUUUACAUAAUCUGUGCCUCUUUUCAGCGGGUGGAGAUAAACCGGAUGAAAGGGAAGCAGUUAAAUCUAAAAAGGACAUACAGAUUGGAGCUUUUGACGCUUGUCGUAAAGUUUUUGAUCCAUCUUGCGCUUCAAAUUCUAUUCAAGAGAAAACAUCCUUAUUCUUUUACGAUUACAGUAUCGCACCGUUGUUUGUCCACGAAAACUAUAUUAAAGUAAGACCGAAGGAUAACCAUCUGAUGAGAUUAGCCAAAGCCGCUGACUCGAUUGCUAUUGGUGAUGUUGUUGAUAAGAAAAUUAGGGGCUCUUCCGGUUCGUGGUCGCUGUUGCCAACUCAGGCGAUAUUUGCUAGUCUCCUUCCUGGGGAAUACAUGAGAGGCUACAUGUCAGGAAUGAUUAAUUUUCCUCAAUGGCUAGGUAGAAAUUCAACAAAUAAUAAGAAUAAAAGAAUCGUCUCUCAAUUGACGGGGCACAUGAGACUUAAUACAUCUGGCGAUAGACAGGCAAUUAAUCAAGAUUACUUACCGGUUUUACGUAAAAGAUUAACCCAACCGCUAAUUGAGAAACAAAACGAAGGAGUGAAAGACGUAUUGACUAUCUUGGAAGAUUACCACUUGACCAGGGAAGAUAUGGAUUCCUUAUUAGAAAUAACCCAGUGGGAUGGAAUAGAUCCCAUGAAAUCUAUAGAAAGUAAAACAAAAGCGGCUUUUACAAGAGCUUUUAAUAAAGCCAAUUUUGUGUUACCUUACGCUAUUGUCACCGCCUCAAAAGCCAAAGCAAAGAGAGCAGAAGUAGCAGCAGAUGAUGAUUAUGAAACAGAGCUGGGAGAGGAUAACAUAGAGGAAAGCGCAGAAGAAGAUGAUAUUACAAAAGAUGCUAUGAUAAAAAAGGCGAAAAAGCCAUCUUCAAAGAAACAGGAAACAAAGAAAACAACAGAGAAGAAAACAACGAAGAAACGAGGGAAAAGCUAAAUUUUUUUCUGUAGUGUCCUUAUUAUCAUAAGACACAUCAUAAUUGAUAUAUUAUUUUUUUCCUUAAAAAAUCAUUACAACCUUUUUAAAUAUUACAAACU